AUGAGACGCCCCAUGACCUUGCUGGCUGUGGAAUAUGCCCAGCAGCAGAGCAAGCCACAUCCAAGUCAUGAUACCGAAGAAGAUAUCCCCUUCCCGCCUGAUAUGCCGCUGGGUGUGGCGACGCCACCAACAAGCCCUGGAGGGGCAGGGGAGGAGCCGCUAGAGCACGAACUCUUACACUUGUCUUUGAUCGUGUCCGUUUUACUCACCGUCCAGGGUUGUGAUAGGCUCCCUUUCGUCGGGUUGUCCCCGGAGGAACAAGACCGCCUUGCCCUGUUUCUCGGAACGACAGCGCAGCAAUCUGGGGUCACGGACAGCCCUCAUUUGUCUUUUUACGACAGCAGAGUGGUCCGGCAGCACUCGCCUCGGGGUGAUGGUCACUGCCUGUUCCGCGCCUUCAGCUACGCUUUUACCGGAAGGGAAAAUGCCCACAAAAUAAUCCGAUGGAAGAUUGCCAGUUUUCUACUAGCAAACUUCGAGGAAUAUGAGUGGCUGUUGAACCCGGACUUGUGCGCGCAAGCCGAAAAGAGGUUCGCAGGCAAGGAUGGAGGAUACGGUACACAAGUGCCUUACGACAGCACGAGUUCUGAAAUCACAGAGAAGGAGAAGAAGGUAAAUUGGCUAUAUCGCGUGGCCAAUGCAAAGUACGCCAUUUGGGGAGAUGAGAGCAUUCUCGUCGCGGGGGCGAACCUGUUCAAGGUACGGCUUGUGGUCGAGACUCAAAAGAAGUUAGGGGAGAGAGACGCCCGCUUGGGCUCUCACGCUGUACAGGUGAUCAGCCCAAAGAAUACCCACCCAUCGGACUUCCUCCCUACAGUUUUUCUCGCGCUGGACCGAGGCCGCGAACACUACCUUUUUAUUCAAGAGGUGGGGCAGCGUGGAUGA